AUGUACAGUCUUGUACUCCGUUGCCACAGCAGCAGCAACCUGAUACUCAGCAGUACAUUCAGAGAGGUUACCCACAGCAAAACCCUUAGCAGAUCCAACAGCAACAGUGAUGAAGUCGAGAAGACUGUUAAGUCUGAAGCUAACAACGAUUCUAAUAAUCAGGACUGGAAGGCAACGUUAAAGCUCCCACCUCGAGAUAAUCAUUAUCAGACUGAGGAUGUGACGGCUACUAAAAGGAAUGAAUUUGAGGAUUACUUUUUGAAGAGGGAUCUGCUAAGGGGGAUAUGA